AACAACUACACAUCUGCACAGAAACACACAAAAUGCACAAAAACACAUUCUCUCUCACAUCUGCACAUUAACACACCUUGAAUCAGUGCCCAGUCAGACUUUUUUUUUUUUGCACAACCGCCUUUGAUCUUUGAUAUGCCAUGCAUUGCAUUAAUUAUGUAUCUUGCCUCAGUACAAACGUGGUGAACACCUUCAGGUAUUUAAUAGGAGCAGGCUCACUGGGGCCUGGAGGAUGGCUGCAGGAGGCUUAUAUACAGUAUGUGCUGCAUUGCUCCUAUGUGCACUGCAUAAGGGAUUUUACAGUAUGGGGAGAAUAUAAAGCCCACGUCUGUGGUGCUCUCCUUCAAUCUGGGCCAAAGCAGGACAUUUCUCACUCUCCUGAAACAUGUGCCUGCUCUGUGUGUACAGGAUUGAGCGUUGAAGGAGAGGAGGUGCACGCAAAACGGAUGUGUCUUGGAUUAGGCAUAAACUGUCAGGGCCAGAACAGAUAUAGCAGCAAGAACAAUGACAGCAAGAUGAUCUAGAUCUAACAUUGGUACAAUACAGUGAGAGUUAUGCAAAUUGAGCAUGCUGCCGCUUGCUGUAAAGCUAGCCUAGGGGAUCUUAUGUGAAUCUGCCCCAAACUUUUAUGUAUCUGCAAUAAAUUCAUAGAUAUUCCCUCAUUUUUUAUGCCAUGUUGGCAAAUCACAGUAUGAAUAUCAUAAACAUUAACAGAUGUAGAGUGGAGAGUUUUGAGAAAAAAUAUUGGUAUUGUAACUGUGUAACAUUUUUUCUUGCGCAAUUUUCUGGUCUGGAUCUACUUUUUUGUUGUUGUUUUACAUAAUAAAAACACAGUAUCUCAUUGUUAGGACUGGGCUGUGCUAGCCAGAAGUUGGUAAAAUAUCUGGAUUUGUUAAGCUUAUUUCUUUCCUCACAGUUUUGUUAGGCUCUUUAGGGAGAAUGGAGUUUGUUUUUAUCUAAAUCUCAAUGUACAAAACAUGCAGGCAAAUUUGGGCUAAAGCUAAACCAAAGAUAUUUUAAAGGAUGUUGAUUCUACAGCAGAUUUGAUAUCAGAUUUCAAUGGGAUAAAGUGCUAUCAAACCACAGCCCUACUGUGUAAGUGUGUGUUUAUUUUAUUUUAUCUUUUCUUAAUGUUGUAGCAGCUUCUAAGAGAGAUAGGCUAAUUGCUUCAGCAGUGAGUAGAUGCAGUUGAAACAUCUAUCUACUGAGCCAACAGCCCUAGUUCAACAGAUGUGACCAGGUUAAAAUAACAGGAGAUAAGCAGUGAAAAGAAUAAGAAGCUGUUGCUCAGCUGAAAGAGCCCCACGUGAAUUUGGAAAACCUCUACCUCGAGGAAAACCGUACACUUUUAAUAUCCAAGAUGAAAUGUGCUGUAUAUUUAUGUUUUUCUUUCUUUCCUUUGUGUGAAUUUCAAAGUUCACGAUGAGGCUCCCGCCUGUAUCCGUGGUGUCGCUGCAGCUCGGUCUACGUUGGUGGGAGUACCCCCUGCACAGGUCCCUUUUGCAAUGCAGAUCCAGUAGUUGGAGUUGUUGUACACCGAGCACGAGAGAGGGAGAGGAGAGGAGUGUGAGCGCAGCAGCUGAGUGAACAAACAUUAGGUAGAAACAUUAGGUUAUCUUCUGAGACUAUCAGACAUCGACCUGUCACUUUUACCGCUUUAAGCCGAGUCCCGUCUUCUCGAAGAGGAUCACAGCAGCGACAGCGGCAGCAGCAGCAGCAGCAGAAGCAGAGUCCUGGUCUGGUCUGGUCUGCUUGAGCAGCAGCCGCCUGCGAAAAACUCCCAAACGCGGCCGUCUCAGCUGGCAUGAGCUAACCUACCAGGCAGACAUGGAAACCAAACCAUUCUUGUCAUUGGGGUUCCUGAAGCCCCAGUGCUCGUUGGCUCCUCCCAUGCAGCGAGGUCGCUCAGGCGAGGCAUGUUCCUGUUUCAGUGGUGUGUGUCCCCUCCAUCAGCGUCGCCUAUCCUCAGACUCUUCAGGCCAGAUGACCUCCUCGCCCUUGGGCUCACCCACAUCCCACCGGGGAAUGCACCCGUCUCUGCUCAGCCCAACGUCCAUGGGACCCUCUGGCUCUCUCCACUCUCCCAUCAGCACGCUGAGUUCACCCAUGAACGGCAUGGCCUCACCCUUCUCUGUCAUAAGCUCACCCAUGGGCCCUCACUCCAUGAACUCGCCGGGCAUGGGCUAUGGCCCCAGCGUCAGUCCCCAGCUGAACUCUCCGAUGAACUCAGUCAGCAGCACGGAGGACAUCAAGCCCCCGCUGGGCCUCAACGGUGUGAUGAAGGUGCCUGCCCAGCCCUCAGGCACAGCCCUGUCACUCACCAAACACAUCUGCGCCAUCUGUGGUGACCGCUCCUCAGGUAAACACUAUGGAGUAUACAGCUGUGAGGGCUGCAAAGGUUUUUUCAAAAGGACGGUGCGCAAAGACCUGACCUACACCUGUCGUGACAACAAGGACUGUGUCAUCGACAAACGCCAGAGGAACCGCUGCCAGUACUGUCGCUACCAGAAGUGUUUAGCCAUGGGCAUGAAGAGAGAAGUUUUGUUACAUGCAGCCGUUCAGGAGGAGCGCCAGAGAGCCAAGGACAAAAAUGAGAACGAGGUGGAGUCCACCAGCUGCGCCAAUGAGGACAUGCCCGUGGAGAAGAUCCUGGAAGCCGAGCAGGCGGUGGAACCCAAAACGGAGACCUACAUUGAGACCAACCUUGGUGUGCCAUCUAACUCGCCCAACGACCCAGUGACAAAUAUCUGUCAGGCGGCUGACAAACAGCUCUUUACCCUGGUGGAGUGGGCUAAGAGGAUCCCCCAUUUCUCUGAGCUGCCGCUGGAUGACCAGGUCAUCCUUCUACGAGCAGGUUGGAAUGAGCUCCUCAUUGCAUCAUUUUCGCACCGUUCGAUAGCGGUUAAAGAUGGGAUCCUGUUGGCAACUGGGUUGCAUGUCCACCGCAACAGUGCCCAUAGUGCUGGAGUGGGAGCCAUUUUUGACAGAGUGCUCACAGAACUGGUGUCUAAGAUGAGGGAUAUGCAGAUGGAUAAGACAGAACUGGGGUGCCUUCGAGCUAUCGUCCUUUUCAACCCUGAUUCUAAAGGUCUAUCCAACCCAGGCGAGGUAGAAGCCCUGAGAGAGAAAGUCUAUGCGUCUUUAGAGGCCUACUGCAAACAGAAAUACCCCGAGCAGCCUGGCAGGUUUGCCAAGCUGUUGCUGCGGUUACCAGCGCUGCGCUCCAUUGGCCUCAAGUGUCUGGAGCACUUGUUCUUCUUCAAACUCAUCGGCGACACGCCCAUCGACACCUUUCUCAUGGAGAUGCUAGAAGCUCCGCAUCAAAUGACAUAAUAGCAUAGAGGGUUUGACUCUCCCUCCCUCCCUGUCCGCUCCUCCUCCUCUUCCUCCCUCCGCCUCCCCCUCCCCUACAUCUCCCACCAGCCCUGGAUCAGGAGCAGGGUUCUUUUUAAAAAUCCUGUCUCCAGCAAGGGACAGAUCAUGUGACGACUUUGGUUGGAGAACCUCUCCCUUCCUCCCUCCCUCCUCUCCUUGGCUCCCUUUGAUGUGUUUCGAAAACAAUGAAAUCAUCAUGUCUAUGGGUCUGUUUUAUACCUUGUAAAAAUAUAUAAAUAAGAAAUAUAUAUAUGAAAAAUCACACGACAACACAAGUGACAACAGUGGACUGAAAUGAGGACGGACAGAGGACAAAAGAAACGUAUUGAGCCAUCGUUUUCAUCUUUGCUGUUCCUACACCUUGACAAGAAAAAGCGGAGAUGAUCAGGUUUUAACACCCACGGUUAUGCUUCCAGGUAUACUCAAAAAAAAUUGGUGAUGAUGUCAUAUUCAGACACUCAGCAUUGUGAUUGGGACAAUCGUGGACUUGGAGAGCCUCAGGGCUGUCUAGACUUGGACCUGAGCCCUCUCUGUCUUUCAGAACUGAACUUAACUUUGGGGAGGGACAGCGGGAGAAAGACACGUGUGCUUAAAGGAACUCGUCCGUUCCUGCCUGACUCGACUGAACACAUCAGGUCUUGCACUAGCUGUUUUUGAAGUGUGAGCUCUCUGGAGUAGAACUCAGAGGUAGGUUAACAGGACUGCAAGUGUUCAAAAACCUCAGGUCUCUGCCCAAUUCCAACAAAUACAACCAUGUCUUACUCUGUUAGCACUGUGCAACAUCGGGGAGGACGACGUUAUUAGUCCACUAAUCAGCCCUUCAGUUAAUAUAUUGAUCGAUAAAGAGUUGGGAGAGCUUGUUAUGUACAACCUGCGCUGUUCUUUCUGCACAUAGGAAAAUGCUGGCUGUUGUAAAUUAGCCUCACAUUAGCUUUAUGCUACAAGAGCAUCUCUGGAGGCUCUGAAAGGCAACCAGCAAGCGCAGCGACUUGGAACAACUUUUGUCAUCCUGUUUUAAACAUAUGGCCUUCAUCAAAACCUUUCAAGUGAUCACAACAAACUUGGAUGGCUUGAAAGUGAGCGCACAGUCUCAUCUGUGGGGGAGCAUUGUUGUUUCAUCAGCCCCUGAGCUCCUUUUCGUCCCUUGUCCAACCUCCCCACUUCUUAUUUCAUGUGAAUUUCAGCACACCAUUUACACCUCCACACUCAGAAAUCCCUCUGCUCAAAGCAGUGGGUAUUAGCUUUUCAAAACACCUCAUAUCUACCUGUACAGAAAGUUACAACCGUAUACAGUAUUGACGUUAUUUUCAGUUUUCAUUUUAACAACAGCAAUGCACAAUUACCUCUGUUUCCAUCCGUCAGACCCUCAGUUCUUGACACUCAUGUAACCAGAAGUGCGUGUUGUUGCAGCAGAGCCAUUAUUUGUUUAUUUGUUUGUUACUUGGCACUUAACCUCAUGACAGUGGAGUCGGGUUCCUAAACGGAGAGCUGAUGUUGAUGCAAUCGACCUCUGAGGUGGAAUUUGGCUCGGGCCCAAUCAGGAUUGCCCCAAUUGUUGUCCUCCUCAGAGGGGCACGCACACUCGCUCUCUCUGCACUUCUCUGGACAACAAAGUGUCAUUCAAGUUGAACUGAAAUGUUAAAUGUCUCCAUGUUAUGUAUAAAUAUGCUUUAUGCCCAUAUUCUGCUUUUUUUCUUCUCCUUUUCUCUAAAUGCUGCAGCUGCUGCAAAACUAUGCAUCGAGUGCAUUUCCAAAGAUUGUCCACAGAGCGGGUGCAUAUUACUUACAGCUUAAAAAGGUCUAAUUCCUUUUAAAACAAAUGUUUUGUGAGGUGUGGGUCCACUGUAAUAUUUUCCUGAUCAGGAACAGAAAUCUAAUUUAGAUUAUUUUCCCAAUUCUGUACUGGUUUAUUCAGCCUUGACUGAUUAUAUAGAAAACAAACAGCCAUUUAGCCCUCAUUUCAAAGUGUUUUAUGGAACAGUGGAGUAUAGCAGAGUAUAAGGACAUGGUAGAGUGCGAUAUGAGAAAAGGACUAAAAGAGAAUUAAAUUCAAGGAGUUCUCUCCAGUGUCUGUAUAUAUACCACUUUACAUCGGUUAAUGGUCAGAGUGAGUGUAUGGAGUCUUUAGAGUGCCACGUAAAGAAUCUUUUUUUUUUUUUCAAUUAAUAUAGAAAACUUCAAUUAUCAGAUUUACAUUUAAAUCUUCCAUUAUAAAACUGAAAGUAAAAAGUAAAUUAAGAGAAUUACAUUUCCAUUUGAGGAUUCAAAUUAUUAUGAUUUUUUUUACAUUAAAUAAUAAUUAGACUUUAAAAUUGAAUCAUAAUACUGAUUAAAAAAAAGGCUUUUAAAUCUUUCCAUGUCCUCAAUAUAGUCUGCCUUAAUUUGUUAACUGCUUUAACAUCACACAGUUUCCAUUUUUUGAAAGCUUUCAUUUAUAGCAUUUGAAGCGUCACUUAAAAUUGAAAUAACGCCGACCCACACAUGAGCAACAGGAGCUACUAUUGGCCAAUUGUCAAUAUCCGACCCAACUUCAGAUUUCAGCUCAUUACAGCUUUUUUCAAUUUGUCGACUUAUUAAUUGAAAAUAAAGUCUGUUAAAAAAGUCACAAAAAGUAUCUAAUUAUUAUUCUGCUGGCACCAUUAGGACUCCAUAGAGUGCUAACUCUGACCAAUACACCAAUGAAACAAUGUUUAUGCAUCAUUCUCUCAGCGUGAUUCAGGGCUGGUUUCACAGAUGUGCAUCACUGAAGGACCUCCACUGGGGCCAUAAUCCACCUCUGAGAAACUGAUCCCCAGACAUCCGCUGAUCUUUUUCCUUAUGAAGAAAAAGCAAAGACCCGGUUCAGACGCCAGCUUUGAAAUGUCAGAUACUGUACGCUUCAAGCAGGACUAUGACAUUUACUUUCAGCCUCAGAGCAGUUUGGAUAGGAGAAUGAGCGAGUGAGCGAUAUGGCGGAGAUUUAAGAGCUGUGAGCUCCAUCUAGUGGAAGAGAAGCAGCACUGCAACAUUACUUGAAUUUUUCUACUUAUUUAAUCAGACAACAAGACAGCACUUUCUUACAGUGUUAUUAUCAUCAAUGUUCUUUUGGAUCAGACAAAACCUCAGUGUCUGUGCUUGUUAAGUAGCAAUAACUUCAGUAUGAACUAUUGGCUUGUUGCUUUAUUAUCACUCAAAAGUUUCAAUGAGGUGGCCUGUGUUAUUACAAACUAUCCAGGGGACAGUAUUGACUGCCAGCUUGAGCUCAGUUUACAGUAUUUAUAUUCUGGAAAUGACUCGUUUGUCUGUUAAAAGAAAAGUUAAAUUUUAAUUAAAUUGUUGUCAAUUUAAGCAUUUUGGCAAAGACUCUACUCUCACUCUACUCUCUUUAAGCUUUUUCUGUACGACUGGGCUAGAUUUGUUGAAUUAUUUUUUAAAGGAAUGCAGAUUUUCAUCAAGAGAAGCAGAUAUUAAGCAAUUAAAUGUAUGCAUUUUCGUCAGGGUGACCCAACUUUAAAUUGAAAAUCCUCCUGUUCUCUUUAGUGUAAUGAGGUCUCCUGCUCUUAGUUUACUGUGAUUGGUUCCCGCAGAUAUCUUAAGCCAUAAAGUGGAAGACAUGGGAGCUCACUCCCCUGCAGGAAAUGGACAGACAAGGAUCUUUAGAAGAGAAAAAGAAAUGAUCACCUACAUAGAAUGAUAACCUACAUGAAUGCUUUAUAACAUAAAGCUAUAUUUUGUUAAUAUGUAUAUGUGUAUAUAUUUAUAAAUAUAUAUCAACAGAUCUGUUCCUUGAGUAUUUCCAGCAUCAAAAGAGGGAGCAGGCAAGUCUUUCAGACCAAACUCUUGCGCACCAGGUGUUCUUGAACUCAGAGUUUUAAGGUGUUUUCUUUUUCACAAAUUUUUAGCAUUUCGAUCUUGACUUUAUAAAAUGAAUAUUGAUCAACCAGCAGAAACUCAAAAGAACCAGCUCCUCAGCAGUUUUAUGGGACCUCAAAAAACUAUCAAAGAGAGAGAGAAAAAAAAGGUUAAGUCUUUAAACCCUCCAAAAUGUGUGUGUUGCUUGGCAAUUGUAUGUUCAAAAAGUGUAAUCAGGAAAAGCUGAGCUUGUGACACAAUCACUGCUUUCUUUGUUGCAUAGACAGUAAAAUGUUCAAGUCAAAAAAAAAGAAAAAAAAACACUUGGAAAAGAUCUAUUUUUGUACAAAGGUAAUUUUAUCCCUUGCUUAUGUGCUCUGUUCUUUGCCUUUUCUUCUGUGGGCUGUUGUAUACAUUGUGGAAAAGCUUAUUCGAUGAGGCAAAGAUAACAUUUUCAGAUUGAAAAUGAGAGGAAUAGUUGGCUGGUAACUGUGUCGCCUUUACUUCGCCAUUUUCAACCUGUCGCUGUGAGAUGGGAAUGUCUUCUUUCAUUAUAUUUUUGUCUAUUUUUAAGGAGGUGGAAUUUUGUCAUCUGUUCUUUGUGGGUUGUUCUCUGAUGUUCUAUCUUUCAUGGACAGAAAAAAGUUAUUAAAAAACUUAAAGUGA